GAAGCUCGACUGCUUCCUGGAUGCAGUGGAGAAACUGGUGGCCACCUCACUUCAUGUGUUCAUGGAGGAGAACCAGGUGCUACAUCUGCCAGAAGGGAUCAGCCCUGAACAUGUUCAGGUUGUCAUCAUUGCUGCACGGCUAAUCUGCCCUCUCCUCCUCGAGUUUAAAAGAGAUGCAAGUGUCUUCUUCCUUCCCAAACUUCAGAAUGUGGAAGUGCUGUCAUAUCAGCUGGACAGAUACAUUCAGACCACCAAGACAAUCUGUGAGAAGUUAGAGAAAAGCUUCCUCAGUGACUUUCGCCUGAAGAGGAACACAGAAACUGUGGUAGACCUCAAUGCACAUUUGUGUGAAGAUGACAUAGAGCGGAUGCUUCAUCACAUUAAUCAGCUUGAUAGAAUCAGGAUGGACCAGCACUUCAGGACAAACUUUUUGUUCCAGGAAGAAGUGUCAUGUUGUCGCUUCAUCGAUGAAUUCACCAAGCGACAGCCCCGGAUGCUGAAGUUUCUUAAAGACCUGGAGGAGAACGCUGUUCAGCUGGACAGCAUGAAUAAGGGGGCAAAGAUCUCCAGUGUGGUAGGCAGCUCAGUGGGGGCAGUUAGCAGUGUGCUUUCCAUCGUUGGUUUGGCAUGAAUUCCUGUGACAGCUGGAGUGUCUCUAGGUCUGAUAAUAGGUGGGACAGCAUUGGGAAUAACCAGCGGAGUCAACAGUGCUGUUACCACUGCCACAGAGCUUGUGGUAAACCAUAAACAUCAAAAGGAAGCUGGUGAAGUCUUCCAGAGCUUCAUGGAGGAUGUGCAGAGACUCCAGGAUUGUCUGGAGGAGGUGUCCGCUCAACCAGCUGCUAACAUUCCAUUGAAUGUACAAUAUCUCAAGGUACUCAGUUUGUUGAGUAAACCUGUGUCAGUUAGACGCAGUAUUGGUGCACUUGUUACAGAUGUCUCAGCUUUACAGGCUUUAAAAAAAAGUGAAGAGCAGGCUAUGAGGGCUGGCUUAGUGGCGGUGCAGGAAGGACAAGCAUUACGUAAUGUGCCCAGGGUGGCUUCAGAUCUCCCAGAUAUUGGACAGGCAACUGUCAAAGGGUCUCUUGCCCUCUCCAAGUCAGCCAGGGCUGGUCUCAUCGCACUCAAUGCUCUCUUCCUCGGCAUGGAUAUUGUCUUCAUCUGUAAAGACAGUAUGAGUCUGGCCAAAGGCAGUGAGACUGAAGUCUCACAGUUCAUCAGAGCCAGAGCUGCUCUUUGGAGCUCUGAGAUGGACUCGUGGCAGAAGAUCCAUGUCUCACUGAGCAAAGGUCUGCAGACAUCAGAGAUAAACAAAGCUAUCCUGGAGACGCCAUUUUAUCCAGAGAGGAAGAUGAAGACAGAAAGAGCAUCAUUUGUUCACUGAUUUCCUUCGCAGGGGGGUUGGAGCCUAUCCUAGCUGACAUUGAGCAAGUGUUAGGGUACACCUUGGACAGGUUGCCAGACUGACACAUAGAGACAGACAACCAUUUACAAUUUAGAGUCAC